GUCUAUACUUAUCAAACUAGCCGCAUCAGCAUGUGAGUUGGCUAAUUGUUUAACAACCAAAAUUAACUCCCGCACAUGCAACUUCCUAUUCAGAUCGUGCAUCCUCAUUUAUCAUCCCAACUACCAUGCCUCUUCAUCCAUAAUUAUAAAUAUGUUCUCUUCAAUGCAUGUAUAGCCAGAAAAACAGAAACCUGAAAUGACCUUAGCGCAUGUUGGGAGUUGUAUACAUACAUAAAAGAUGAAUGAUUUGAAUGCCGAUAUUGCCUAUUGAACAACUCUCAUUUAUUAGCCCUUCCCAACUUCCAUCCACCAUCUUCAGGAAUUACUUCAGUUGACUGGCUUUACACCUCCUUUUUAAGCCAGCCCGAAUCCUUGCAUGCAGUACUAGAGCAGAAAAAUGGAAAUCUGCUACAGAGCAGCAUUGAUUUUGGCCUUUGCAUUUGCACUUCUGGAUGUUGGCUGUGCGCAAGAUGCUCUAGUUCCUGCUAUCAUAACAUUUGGUGACUCGGCUGUGGAUGUUGGCAACAAUGACUAUCUCCCCACGAUAUUCAAGGCCAAUUACCCUCCUUAUGGAAGGGACUUUGUCGAUCAGAAACCUACAGGGAGGUUUUGUAAUGGUAAAUUAGCCACCGACAUCACUGCUGAAACUCUGGGAUUUAAGUCUUACGCACCGGCGUAUCUGAGCCCAGACGCAUCAGGGAAGAACCUACUUAUUGGAUCCAACUUUGCAUCUGCAGCAUCUGGUUACGAUGAAAAGGCAGCUGCCUUGAACCAUGCCAUUCCAUUGAGCCAGCAACUGGAGUACUUCAAGGAAUACCAAGGUAAGCUAGCGAAGGUUGCUGGUAGCAAAUCGGCAUCAAUCAUCAAGGGUGCGCUAUAUAUUUUGAGUGCGGGGAGCAGUGACUUUCUUCAGAAUUACUACGUCAAUCCAUACCUAAACAAAAUCUAUACUGUUGAUCAAUAUGGCUCAUACCUUGUCGGUUCAUUCACAAGCUUUGUCAAGACCUUGUACGGCUUGGGGGGUAGGAAACUUGGGGUGACUUCACUCCCACCACUGGGUUGCCUUCCAGCUGCCCGAACCAUAUUCGGAUAUCACGAGAAUGGGUGCGUCUCAAGGAUCAACACUGAUGCCCAGCAAUUCAACAAGAAGAUCAACUCAGCUGCAACAAGCCUCCAAAAACAACUUCCUGGUCUUAAGAUUGUUAUAUUCGACAUCUUCCAGCCACUCUAUGACCUUGUUAAAUCUCCUUCAGAAAAUGGUUUCCAAGAAGCAAGGAGAGGAUGUUGUGGGACGGGAACAGUGGAGACAACAUCAUUGCUGUGCAAUCCAAAAUCCCCAGGAACUUGCCCAAAUGCCACUGAGUAUGUGUUUUGGGACAGCGUCCAUCCAUCUCAGGCUGCUAAUCAGGUUCUUGCUGAUGCAUUGAUUCUUCAAGGCAUCUCCCUCAUUGGUUGACGAUGCAUCACUAUUCUUGUGUCUGCAUUAUGUCCCCUGUGUGCCGGACCUUAUUGUUGUUGUCUUAGCUUCUUCUUCUUUUCUUUUUUUUUUUCUUUUGAGAAUUAUUAUUGUAUUAAUUACAAGUGAUAAAAAAGAAGAAGAAAUCCUUCAUGUAACUGAAGAAAAUUUAUGGAUUACAAGAUGCAUGACGCAAACUUUUAUCUA